AAAUGACAUAGCUCAGGAUUGCCCUGCUGAAGUCCCAAACCCACACACACUGCUGACCAAUGUUCCCCCGGAUGCCAAAUACUUCACGGUAAUCGACCUAUGUGGAGCGUUUUUUAGUAUACCCCUGGCGGAGGAGUGCAGACAUCUGUUUGCAUUUAGAUAUGGGGGUAAAACUCUGUCUUACACGAGGACGCCACAAGGUUUUAAGCACAGUCCGCAUUUGUUCAAUCAAAUAUUGAGGGCUGAUUUGGAGGAAUUAAUGUUAGAUGGCACAUUGAUUCAAUAUGUGGACGACCUGUUGAUCUGUGCCUCGACUUUGGAACAAUGUCAUUCUGACUCACUUAAAGUACUACAGCGACUAGCUGAGGGGGGACACAAAGUUUCUAGAACAAAACUACAGUACUGUCAACCUCAAGUUGAGUACUUAGGGAGAACAAUAGCUCAUGGGACUAAAGCCAUAGCUCCAGGACAGUUAGAAGGUAUCAGUAAAGCACCCCUGCCACAAACGGUAGCUCAAAUGAUGACCUUUUUGGGAAUGACAGGGUUCAGCUCAGAUUGGAUAGAGGAGUAUGUAGUCAAAACAGCUCCUCUGAGAGAAAUAAUGAAAGAAGCGGGACAGCUUAACCUCAGAGCAAAACUAGAUUGGAAUACUGAUGCGUUAGUUGCUUUUGAAACACUCAAGAAAGAGAUGCAGACAGCUCCAGCUUUAGCAACUCCCGAUUACACCAAACCAUUCUUGUUAUAUGUAGCAAACAGGUGUGACAACUAUGCAGCAGCCGUUCUUAUGCAAGAAUCGUGUAGUGGUAGGAAGAAACAACCAAUUGCCUAUUAUAGCUCUAAACUAGAUCCGGUAGCCCAGGGAUACCCACCGUGUUAUCAAGGAUUGGCAGCGUUGCAUUACGCAUAUGACAAAGCGUCAACGAUAACCAUGGGGUACCCUGUGGUUAUCAGCACUCAUCAUAAAAUUGUGGAGUUAAUAGAGCAGGGAAAGUUUGUGUUAACAAAUGCAAGGACAAUGGACUAUAUGAGCUUACUUACGUAUCCAGAUGUUCUCAUUAAAAGAUGCAGCACUGUGAAUCCAGCGGAAAGGGUUCCGUUCGAUUUCGAAGGAGAAGCACACGAUUGUGUAGCCGAGGCUCUAACAUUUACCAAAUUGCGCCCUGACUUAGAAUCUAUUCCAUUAAUAGAUCAUGAGGGAGAUAAUCUGGAAAGUUACUUUGUAGAUGGUUCUUGUUUUAAGGAUUAUACAGGUAAUCAUGCAGGGUUUGCGGUUGUCAAACACAAAGGGAAAACCUUUACUGAAGAAAUACUUGAACAUUGUCCUCAACCGUGCUCAGCACAGUUAGCUGAAUUACAGGCUUUGACAGCAGCAUGUGUACUAGGAAGGGGUAAAACAGUUAACAUCUAUACUGAUUCCGCAUACGCGCACGGUGUAUGCCAUUUGUUUGGUGCAGUAUGGAAACAGAGAGGGUUUAAAAAGAGUGAUGGAACUCCCAUCCAACAUCACGCACAAAUUGUUAAGUUAAUGACAGCAUUAAUGUAUCCUCGGAAACUAGCAAUAAUCAAAUGUCAAGCGCAUAAAAAAGGUAAUGAUUUUGUCAUUAGGGGCAAUAAUGCAGCUGAUGAAGCGGCCAAAAAAGCAUCUAAGUGUGUUGUCCCUAUUCUCAUUGCACCAUUGAUGGACAUGGUUGCUAUUGCACCAAUCACAUCUCCUGCUGAGCUAAUUCAAAUUCAGGCUCAGGCUGGAAUCACUGAACAGACCACCUGGUUACAGAGGGGGGCUUCUGUAGACAGACAUGGGAUAUGGAGAACACAUGAUGGUGCCAUAUUAGCCACCACCGCUCUCUUGACGCUACUUAUCAAUGAUGCACAUGAUGUUGAUCAUUGUGCAAGGGGGGAGGUGAUAAGAAAAAUCAAAAAACAAGGUUUUUGGUCGCCAUAUCUACAGGCAACAGUAGAUGAGAUUUUGUCAAAAUGUGAAAUAUGUGCAAAAAACAACAUACGUAAAGGUAUAACUACGCCGAUAGGUCACAUACCGGUUCCAGAAGGUCCGUUUAGACACAUUGUGAUGGACUAUGUAGACAUGAUAAAACCUGUACGGGGUAAAAGGUACAUGUUAGUCAUCAUAGACAGGUUCAGUAGAUGGGUAGAAGCAAUACCGUCGGCGGAUCAGGGGUCAGGAACAGUGGUUAAAUUCUUAUCAACAGAAGUCAUUCCCAGGUUUGGGAUUCCAUCCGAAAUUAGCUCAGACAAUGGAUCAGCGUUUAUACAAAAAGUUGUAAAAACGAUAAUACAGCAGCUAAGAAUGAAACAAAGAUUGGGGUGUGUCUAUCAUCCACAAUCGCAGGGGAUGGUGGAAAGGGUUAAUGGGACCCUGAAAAACAAGAUAACAAAGAUCUGUAGAUCUACAGGACUCAAUUGGGUAGAUGCGUUGCCGCUUGCACUAAUGAGUUGUCGCAUGGAAACUAACAGAAACACGCAUCUCUCACCGCAUGAAAUGCUUACGGGUCGACCCAUGCCAAUACCAAUGUUAGGAGGACUAUACAAAGGUCCCUCUUUAGACAUAUUGCAGAGUGAGUUGAAAUCGUAUGUGAUGUAUCUAACCAAAAUACACAAAGCCAUAUACUUACAGGAGAAAAAGACGGUGCCAGAGGCAGGUCCGGAAGGACCUCCCCCAGUGGUUCCAGGAGAUCUGGUCUACGUUCGAGUGUUCCGGAGGAAGUGGGAUCAGCCGAGGAGAGAAGGACCGUACGAGGUGGCAGCAGCCACAAACACGGCCGUCCAAGUGAAAGGAAGCAAGACGUGGUACCAUCUAAACCACUGCACCCGAGUCCCAACGGAGAGAAGGAUACAACCCUACAGAGAUGAGGACGCAGAGGAUGCUGAUUCACCAGGCAGGAGCCCGGAGGGAGCAGGAGCAGCGGAAACGAUCGAAGCACCAGAGAGGAAUCAAGAAAAGGGCAGACCAGAUACAAGCCAAGAUACGAAAAGUGCGCCAACUAACGCACUCAGAAGAAGUAUCAGGGGAAAAGAGACUGAAAAGAAAAGAGACAAACAACCAAAGCCUCUUCCAGCAGGGCCUGAAAGCCCGGAAAUGGGGGGGGGUGACAUGCCUGUUACUCCUGAUAACAUACCUGUUGGGGCAGACCUUGUUGACGGGAGCCCUCUACAGUGGGACCCCGAGGUAUCACCUGAAGAAUGGGAACAUCUCUUCCCUGAAAUGGACGCCUUCCCAGAUGGAAGCCCAGCUCGGACUGAGGAGGGAACAACGGGCGGAGAAAGUGGAGGAGAAACCUCACCAGGAACAACAGGUGAAGAAAGUGGAGGAGAAACCUCACCAGGAACAACAGGUGAAGAAAGCGGAGGAGAAGCCUCACCAAGAGCAGAAGGGGAGAUCUUGCAAGGAAAAACGGUCCUGCAGGAUGAAAGAAAUGGGGAUUUCCCCACGAUUGACUUUUCAGCUCUUACCUGGUCUCCAUAAUGAACAAUUGAAAUUAGGAGCACAACAGAACAAUGACCACGACAGAGCAAGAGCAAUCGAGGACAAGAUGAAGACAAUGCACUCACACAUGACCAAGAUGAAUGAUAAAAACAGGAAGAGAAGAGAGGAACCGGUCGAACAAGGAGAAAAAACAGGACGUUUUGACAGGUUUAAAUUUUCUGUUCCGCCCCAACUUCUAACUGAAUCAGGGGAACAGAGAACAGUUUCGGUAUGGAAGAAGAAACCACUACCAGAGGAGCCACUCUGUGGAUGGACACAUCAUAUGAUAAAGGGAGAAGUUAUAUGGGACCCUAAAGGUUGUGACCUGAUAUUAACCAAAUAUGAGGAAGGCUGGGAGUUUAUCAUGAACAAGAUAACACCAGCAGAAGGUGAAGAAUUUGAAAUUAAAAUAGCAAGAACAGGACUGACCGAAGGAAACAGUUACAAACAUGUCAAAUUGGGUCCCACGCCAGCACCUGAGCAAGAACAGCUUGUAACAACCAAAGCGACGACGACAACGAUAGCAGCGGCUGUAACAACCACGGUGGCGGCUGCUGUGACGACCACAGCAACUACCACCAAGAUGACAUCAACUGCCCUUGCCAAGCAGACCACGGUGACCAUAAAGACACCUGUAACACCAGAACCAAAAGGAUUCUUUAAUGAGAUUUGGAACUUUUUGACAAACUCUAAUGACUUACCUCAAGACAAGAACAAUGCAAAGAUGACGGACAUAGGUAUAUCAGACUCAGAACCAUUCAAGGACACUAUGCAGGAGGAAGAAGUGAAGAACGAAUGGUACAAAUGGGCUAAGUAUACGGCAAACAAACACAGAAUGGACAAUUUGUAUUUUGUGUAGUAAAUCACCUUUGUCGGAUCUCAUGAUAGUCCCUGAACCAGCGUCAUUUAAAAACUGUGCAAAUUGGAAGAAUGAUCAUUGUACCAAGACGAAGUAUUCUAUUCCCUUGUGUGACAUAGAAUGUAGGAUUGCUCAGGGGAGCACUAGAGGCAGAAUCAUGUUGAACGAGACUAGGUUGGGAAACAAUGACUGUGCUGCGUAUGACAUUAAAACUGAAUUAAAUGGACUCAAUUUAGACAUAAGUACUGUGGUUAAAGGAAAAUCUGAAUGUUUUUACAGCUAUAACACCGAAGGAAUAAAUGUCGGAAACACCACUGUAGAAUGUGAUACUAUUUGGAUACUAGAGACGGCAGGGGUUCGUAGAAGCACAGAUAAAGGGUUGAUUGUAAAUAGAAAAGGAGUGUGUGGUACAAUAACCCAGGUUGCGCCGUCCCUCACUAUGCUGAAGAAUCAGGAUAGAGGUAUUGCAGAUAGUUUCUGGAUGUGUGGGAAAAACAAACUAAUGAAUGUACUGCCAGAUGGAUGGAUUGGUCUCUGUGCUUUAGUUAGAGCAAUUCAACAGGUUACCAUUAUUAAAUCACCUCAUGACGACUAUGUUAAAUCUAGAGUUAAAAGGGCGUAUGAGAAGGACCCUGAGGUAUACCUUGAUGCAAUUGGACAACCUAGGGGAGUACCUCAGGAGUUCAAGGCAAGAGAUGAAGUUAAAUCUGGAUUCGAAUCAAUAUUUUUGUGGGUUACACCGAAUAAGAACUUAGAGUGGAUUAAUUAUAUUUACUAUAACCAGCAGAGAUUCAUUAACUAUACUGACUCAGCUCUAACGGCGUUGGGGGAACAGGUACAGGCUACCAGCAAAAUGACUUGGCAAAAUAGACAGGCUCUCAAUUGGCUUUUGGCGGAGAAGGGUGGAGUCUGUGUUAUGUUUGGGGAUGAUUGUUGUACCUUUAUUCCUAACAACACAGCGCCUAACGGAUCCUUUGCACUUGCUAUGACUAGACUUAAAGGGUUACGAACAGAGGUAAAGGCUAAUGCUGGGUUUGAUUCCCAUGUUUGGGACUGGCUGGAUCUAGCAUUGGGUAAAUGGGGAGCUAUGUUUGCUAGGAUGGCCAUUAUGCUGGACGGAGGAUUAGUGGCUCUAGGUAUCGUAUUUUGUUGUGUUUUACCUUUGGUGAAAUCACUUGUGAUCCGAACAACGGUUAAACAGAUGUCGAUAGGUAGAGCUAACCUUCCUGUGGUAGUUGAUCCUGUACCUGGAAGCCCAGGCCAUUAUACAGAUAGAUAUGGACAAGCAUGUAACGCAGCUGGUGGGCCUCUUGACUGCCCUUUUGGUAAUCCUACCUGUCUGUUUGGAGUAGUCCCUGGAGGUGGUUAUGCUUGCCAUGGUUUUCGAAAAGAUGGUCUACCUGUUUAUGCUAUAUCCCCAGAGUCAGAAGAAUGUCCACUGGUACAUGUCCAUGAAGCGUGUCAUUUGGGCAAUAAUUGUAAGUGGUGCACUAAGUAUAAUGAGGAGGGUCAUAAUCAUUACGGAGAUCCUCUGUUUUGUGCAAAAUGUCAAAGAGGAGAUUGUGAUAUUUGUAGCAAAGAGGAUUGUACUCCUAUGUAAGGAUUUCAUAUACCUAUUUAGUUAUGGCCGUGUAUGUUCGUUUGUUUGGUUGUGAUUUUUUUUUUUUUUUAAAUAGGUAUAUCGAUGAAUAUAUCUGAUUUCCUUUAAUUCAAGUUAGUUUUGCCUUCUACAAUUAAGUUAUUUCAAAACAUGUUAGGUAACAGAGGGUAUCCGGUUACAAGUGUCUACGGACCAUGUCCUUAAUCUUCUAACAAAGGUUGGUAUCAUUGAUAACACAUUGUUAGAGAGGUGUCUGCGAGGGAGGAUCAUGAUUGAAAACUUAAUGUUAGAAUGUUGUUGUGUCAUUUUUCUUUUGGAACUGCAUGUAGGCCUAUUAUUUUCUUAUAUUCAAGUAUUAUUUUAUUAUAUUCAAGUACUAUUGUUGUCUAUUCCAGUAGUAUUUUUAUGGCUUCUUAUAUUCUUCUUAUGUUUAGUCUUAUUGUUUUAUUUUUUGUAUUUUUACACAUAACUGAGACAACCUCAGGCAAGGCUAUGUACCUACAUGCUCAUGCUUCACCAUAAUGUUACAUGUAUUUUUUCUUAUUAUUUCUUACCUAGUUAGAUCUUUUACUCUUCUGCAUAAAUAAGAGAUGUUUGGUCUAGUUGGGUUUUUGUUAAUGUUUAUUAUUGGAUCUUUUACUCUCAGUUUCAUUUUCAUGAUUUGGAGAUGUUUGGUCCAGGUUGUUUGAAUGAUUUCUUGUAUUUUUAUUUUUUGUGUGGGGCUAAUUAGCCCCAGAGGAGGGAUUUGUGGGAGUAAAAAGAACACAUGGGCACGUAGGGAGAAUUGGAUACACUAAAGCAAAAGGAGACACAUAGCCUAUUGACCUAUUUGUGGGAAUAAAUAGAACACAUAGGCACUUAGGGAGAAUUGGAUACACUAAGUAAGAGGAGACACAUAGCCUAUUGACCUAUUGUGGGAGUAAAUAGAACACAUAGGCAUUUAGGGAGAAUUGGAUACACUGAAAGGGGACACAUAGAUGGCUGACAAAAAUCCACACACAUGAGAACCAUAAGUUAAGUGCAGGGCCACCAAUUCACUAAAAGGGGACACACAGAUGGCUGACAAAAAUACACACACAUGAGAACCAUAAGUUAAGUGCAGGGCCAAAGAACAGGCCUAUAGAAUAACCAGACGCAUGCUAUUUUUUUUAGGACGAAGCAAGGAUCCUGCCACCAUUAUAAUCUAAUUAAAAGAAGAUGUGGGCGUUAUUGGGCGUGAACAAGCAGGAAGCCUGGACUGAAAGAUAAUGGUGGCAGAUGGAUAGGGGAAAUAUGUCUAUUUACAUAUGGGAUGGACGUAUAUGCUGUACGUGUAUAAAUAUGAGGGCCAGGGCUCUGGGAAGCGGUGUGUGCUCCGCGGACCAUCCUGGCUGGCAAUACUCUUGUAUUAAAAGCCUGAUUGAUUUCACAA